ACGUCAGAAAUGGAGGGAGAUGAAGCCACGCCCACCUUUAGAACUCACUGACAUCUUCAUUGCAGUGAAAUCCACUGGCCUUUCCACAAGACCCGCCUGGCUCUUCUUCUGGAGACCUGGAUCUCCAAGACUAAAGACCACACAUACAUCUUCACAGACAGUCCAGAUGAAGACGUUUCCUCUGAAGGAUUUAACAUCAUUGUCACCGACUGCCCGCCGGAGCACAGUCAUCAAGCUUUAUCCUGCAAGAUGGCUGCCGAGUAUGACCACUUCAUGGCCUCUAACAAAAAGUGGUUGUGUCAUGUUGAUGAUGAUAACUACCUGAACCCUGGAGCCCUUCUAUCUCUCCUGGAGGCCUUCCCAGUGGACAGCGACAUCUAUGUGGGCAAACCAAGCCUGGAUCGGCCAAUGAGAGCCCAGGAGCUGCUGGAAGGAAAUAAGACGAGGGACGUCCAUUUCUGGUUCGCUACAGGAGGGGCUGGUUUUUGUUUGAGCAGGAAGCUGGCAGAGAAGAUGGCACCCUGGGCAAGUGGUCCCAGGUUCGAGCAGACCUCUGCUGUAAUCAUGUUACCUGAUGACUGUACAGUGGGUUUUAUAGUUGAGAGGCGUCUGGGAAUCUCAAUGGUCCAUAGCAACAUGUUUCCACUCUCAUUUGGGAAAAACCUACUUCUUCUUGUCCCUAGCGAUAUCCCAAAACAGGUGACUCUCAGCUAUGGAUGGUUUGAGAAUAAAAUGAACAGUGUUGAGCUAAAAGGAGUUUUCACCAUAGAUGAAGAUCCGUCCAGGUUCAGGACAGUCCAUUGUCUUCUGUACCCUACAACAAGUUGGUGCCCUGUAGCCCUCAAAGGUGCCUUGUCAUGGAAUCAACAUGUUCUCCCAUGAUGCAAUGGGCUAAAUGGACAAUAAUCAUGUAUAAUGUGAGAAUUUCAAUGCAUAAGUGUCCUUACAAGACAUUUGUGUGAUAAGGAGCCGAAAGCACUGCAUGUUGGUCAAAUGAGGAAACUGAGAAUCCUCAACAUUUAACUGAGCCAUUAUUGUUAUUGAAAUUGGAAGUGUAACUUCUGUCUACACGCUGCACAUUUUGGUUAUUAUAUGAUCAUUUGAUUCCUUGAAUCCUAAAUAUAUUUGUGAUUAUUAAAUAACAAAAUAACACAUAUCUGUCAAUGCACUGUGUAUUUGUUUGUAAGUGUAAAACUGCUUUAAAAUCAGUUCGCUUGAUGAAUUUAUUUGUUUUGAAAAUUUUAAAAUUGAAAGAUUUUAAAACAGGGUAAUCACAUUUGUUUAUUUCUGUUAUCACUUGUAUUCUUGUAUUUGCACUGUAUGCAUUUUGAUUACUGUAAUAAAUUUGUACCGUAUGAUUUAUACUGUAUGAAGCACUUAAGAUAAGUGGAUAUCCACUAAAAUAUGUUUUGAAAUACAUUUUCAUACAGUUUUAGAUAAAGAUUAUUUUCCUGUAUAAUGAUUUUGAAUUAUUUCCUAACUCAAAUAUA